UCUUUAUUCAGCACAACGAGCUGCCAUCACCCUGUAGAGACUCUCAAUGGAGGCUCACAAACUCAAAUGAACAUCACAUUUUUAUACCCUUAAGAUCAAAGGUAACAGUCAGUGAUUCAAUACAAUUUCAAGAGUUACUUCAUUUAUUUCAGUAUUUUAGGUCAAAUAACUUCUUUGAAAUACAUAGUGGAAGCACAUUGUAAUUGAUAAGACACCUCUGAGGUCAAAAUGGAGGAAAUAUUCUAAAACCUUUCAACGACAGAGAGCCAGGCAGCCAAAAUUAAUGUUGUCAGGGCUGUCUCUAAGUACAUAAAUAUGGUAAGUGUACCAAAACUAUACAUGUGACCGCAUUUAAUAUGCUAAACGACAACAUCUGUCUAUGCCACGCAACAGUGAGGAUAGGAACAGAACGAAUUGACAGAUAAAUGUGCGGCUGAAGAAUUGGAGCUGGGGCAGGGAUUCAGGUUUCUAGAUCAUUGGGACAUCUUCUGGGGCAGGUAGCAUUUGAAUCCGAGAGGGACCAAUAUUCUUGUGGGCAGGCUUGCUAGAGCUGUUGGGAGUGGUUUAAACCAAUAUAGCAGGGGGAUGGGCACCAGUAUGAUAGAACUGAGGAUAAGCCAGCAGGUUUACAAGUAGAUGAUGUAUUAUGUAAUAUGAAUGUAAGGAAGGACAAGUCAAUGACUGGGUACAACUGCAGACAGAGCAAAGUAUUAUGAUAUAUGAUACCACAGAGGCAAAAUUCAUACGGGCGAAGAUUGCGGGUCUGAAGGUGCUGUAUUUAAAUGCACGUAGCAUUUGGAAUAAGGUGGAUGGACUUGUGGCACAAUUAGAGAUUGGUCGGUAUAACGUUGUGGGCACCACUGAGUCAUGGCUAAAUGAAGGUCAUUGUUGGGAGCUUAACAUCAAGGUAUAUACUUUGUAUUGAAAUGACAGGCAGGAAGGCAUAGGCAGUCGUGUGGGUCUGUGGUAAGAGACGGAAUUACAUCUUUAGAAAGAGGUGACAUAGGUUCAGAGAAUCUUUGUGGGUGGAGUUAAGAAUCUGAAAGGGUAAAAAAAACCUAUUAUGGGAAUCGUAUACAAGAGAAAAUCUGCAGAUGCUGGAAAUCCAAGCAACACACACAAAAUGCUGGAGGAACUCAGCAGGCCAGAUAGCAUCUAUGGAAAUAGAGUACAGUAGAUGUUUUGGGCCAAGACAUCAGCAGGACUGAAACAUCGACUGUACUCUUUUCCAUGGGAAUUAUAUAUAAGCCUCCAAAUAGUAGGCAAGAUGUGGGGCUGAGAUUGCAAAGGGAGCUGAAAUGGGCAUGUGAUAGGAUAAUGUCGCAAUUGUAAUGGGGGACUUCAAUAUGGAAGGGGAUUGGAAAAUUCAAGUUGGUGUCAGAUCAUGAGAGGGAAUUUGUUGGAUGCCUACAAGAUGGUUUUUUAGAGCAGCUUGUGCUUGAACCUACUAGGGGAAAGGCCAUCUUAAAUUAGUGUUGUGUAAUAACCCAGACUUUAUUAGUCCCCUUAACAUAAAGGAACCCUUAGGAGGCAGUGAUCAUAAUAUUCAUACUGCAGUUUGAGAGGGAGAAGCCUAACUCACAUGUAUCAGUAUCGCAAUGGAAUAAGGGGAGUUACAGAGGCCUAAGAGAUUAGCUUUCCCAGGUGGAUUGGAGGAAGGAACUGGCGGGAUGACGGCAGAACAGCAGUGGCUGAAAUUUCUGGGAAUAGUUCACAAGGUCAGUAUAUGUCCCGAGGCAACCGUGGUUGCAUAAAAGCCAAGGAUAGGACAUAUAAGGUAGCAAAAGUUGGAUGAUCGGGAAGCUUUUAAAAUCCAACACAAGGCAACUAAAAAAGCUAUAAGAAAGGAAAAGAUGAAGUAUGAGUGCAAACUAGCUGAUAAUAUAAAGCAGGAUAGUAAAAGUAUUUUUCACUUAUAUAAAGAGUAAAAGGGAGGUGAGAGUUGAUAUUGGACCACUGGAAAAUGAUGCUGGCGAGGUAGUAAUGGGUGACAAAGAAACGGCAGAUGAGCUUAAUAGAUACUGUGUUGCCUUUAUGGCAUUUAUUUAGUUUAUAAUAUUUUCACUUUAGUAAUUCGUUUGUUAUCAUUUUCUAGUUAAAGUUAAGAUUGUUUAAAGUAAAUUUGUUGUCUGUGAUAUAUCGCAGCAUGCGAUGAUGUCACACCCGGUUUCGCCGCGUUGAGGGAAAAUACCGGUUUGGAGAAACGGGAAGGAGGGGGCUCACAUGUGCAGGAUCAGCGCUAGAAAAGUUUUCUUUCUACGCACUAGAAACAUUAGUGAAGCAUCACCAUAAGUUCAUGAGAUAAUCGAUAUGUUGAAUUAAAAAUGUUAAUGCUGAUUCUGUUAAAAGUAAUGAUGGUUGAUAAAGUUUAUGUUUUUGUUAUUUAAAGAGUUGUGGAUAGUUUGUGUUGAAGUGUAUUUAAAGCAGUCAAUGGUGUAGGUAGAUUCUAACUGUAUGUUGCACUUUAAUGUAAUAUAGUUUUACUUUUGCAAGUAUUUACGAUGUAAAUGUGAUAUCAAGAAGGAAACAAAUACUGUAUAUAUUUUGUAUUGCUUUAUCAACAGUUUUCACCAUACAUUAAUGUGGAAAAGUGAACAGUAAACGGUUAAUCUUACUGCGAUCCUGUCUUCAUUGACUACAGUUUACCUCGGUGUUUAGUUCAGAGUUCUUUUACACCCGAGCAAGAACACUACAGUGAAAAGGUAACACUAUCAGGUGUUUCAAGUGCUACAAUGACAACUCGAUCCAGCAUCAAGUCGUUGCCAUCCAGCGACAGUGGCAGUAGGGCAUCAUCAAGUAAGGCCGCCCAUGCAAGAGCUAAGGCAGAAGCUGCCAAGGUGCGAGCAUUCUACACCGAACAAGAAGCAAAAUUGAAAAUGAAAGCGGCCAGAGAAGCCGAAAACUAAAUGGAAAAGGUAAGGAUAGAGUCAGAGUUAGAAGUGCUGACGCUACACCGAGAAGCAGAAGCUGCCAGGGUGGAAGCAGAGUUAAUACAAAAUGUUGAAGAAAUGCACAAUCUGGUUGACGUAAAAUCUACUUCCGAAAAGAUCAGAUUGGAACGCACAAGCGACUAUGUCCGAUCUCAAAUAGACUUGAAAAUUCGUUCUUCCUCUCCAUACUUAUACGCUAACGCCCCAUUUCAUGAGGAGUCUCAGAGAGGCCCAAUUGCAUCACAUCCAUCCGAGGAAGACAAUUUACCCUUGCAACUCUGCGAUGAUUUCAAGAAUGAGAGGGCUGAUGACAAAUACUUCUCGACACCAAACUUAACAGAUUUGGCGAGAAGAGAGGCAAAGGCUGAAUUCAGAACAGCGAAUUCCAUAACAGAUGUACGCCCUCAGUCAUAUACCUGCCGACAUAUUCCCCCAGCCCGCAUGACACUUGCAGUUGAACCCAUGGCACAGUAUUUAGCACGACGAGAUCUCGUCACUUCAGGACUAUACCAGUUCAACGAUAAACCUGAAAAUUUCUGUGCAUGGUACUCCACAUUCACCAAUGCUAUCGAUGGAAUCCAGCUCAGAGCAACCCAAGAGUUGGAUCUUAUGGCGAAAUGGCUGGGAAAAGAAUAAUGCGAACAGGUGAGAUGCAUAUGUUCAGUGUACUUUAACAACCCCAAGCUAGCCUUACGCAAAGCAUGGGAGAGACUUCGGGAGUGCUGUGCGGCCCUGAAAUUAUUGAAGCGGCACUAUUCCGACGUCUGGAAAAUUUUCCUAAGGUGUCAGCCAAGGACUACACUAAGUUAAGAGAGCUCGGAGAUUUACUCAUGGAGAUUCAAGGUGCCAAAGAAGACGGCUAUUUAACUGGUCUAUUAUACCUAGAUACUUUAUCCGGGAUUAGACAAAUCGUGGACAAACUUCCAUUUGGGCUGCAGGAGAGGUGGGUGUCUGUUGGCUCAGAGUACAAGGAAGGGAACGAUGCUCAAUUUCCUCCCUUUGAGUAUUUCAUUAGGUUUGUGUGCAAGGAGACGAAGAAGCGAAACGACCCGAGCUUCAUGAGUCCAGGUAGCAGUACAAUUUACACCAAGCCAGUUAAAUCCACUUCAAAUAAUUUCAACGUUAAUACUCCUGUCUCAGUGCUUAAGACUGAAGUCUUUACAACUAACAAUGACCCUAGCAAGAACUGUCCAUUGCAUAACAAACCCCACCCCCUCAAAAAAUGCAGAAAAAACCCCUUGAAGAGAGGAUGGCCCUUCUCAAGGAGAAAAAAAUGUUUUAAAUGCUGUUCCUCUACCUCUCACCUUGCUAGAGAGUGUACGAUCUCCGUGAAGUGCCCGGAAUGUAAUAGCACUAAUCAUGAUGGGGCCAUGCAUUCCCGCCCGUUACCGCAAACCGACAACGCUCCUUCACCCUCACAACAGGACAGCGGGGAGGGAGAGGCUCACUCCAGGACAACCGUUGUCAGCUCGAGCUGCACAGAAGUUUGUGGUCAAGCUCAGUCAAGCCGUUCUUGUUCAAAGAUCUGUCUCACUAAGGUGUACCCUAAGGGAGCCAAAGACAAGGCCAUCAAAGCCUAUGUAAUUCUGGACGAUCAGAGCAAUCGCUCACUAGUCAGUCCAGAGUUCUUUGACUUGUUCAACAUUGAGAGUAAUCAGUUCCCAUACUACCUUAGAACUUGCUCAGGCAGCGUGGAAACUUAUGGAAGGAAGGCAGAAGGCUUCCAGCUCGAGUUCCUGGAUGGUAAAGUUGUUAUCUGUCUCCCUCCACUUUUAGAGUGCAAUGAAAUUUUGAAUAGCCACACUGAGAUCCCGACGCCAAGUGCGGUGCUACAUCUCCACCACAUUGCCAAGCACAUCCCAGGACUGGAUCCAAAAGCAGAAAUACUCUGGCUAUUAUGAAGAGAUGUUCUCCAGGUGCACAAGGUUAGGCAGCAGGUCAAUGGACCACACGACGCCCCCUUUGCGCAACACCUGCAUCUGGGCUGGGUGGUGAUAGGAGAGGUGUGCCCUGGCAAUGUACACAAACCGACGGUUAGCACACUCAAGACCAAUGUGCUAGAGAGCAGCCGCCAUUCAAUUUUUCAACCCUGCACAAGUUUCAUGUGUAUUAAGGAAGCAUGACAAGGCUUUAACAAAUGUAAAGAAACCAACAAGAUGCUGGGUCAGUCAGUCUUUGCUCAAACUGAGCAUGAUAAUAAACUUGCUCCAUCAGCUCAAGACGCCAUUUUCUUAAAAAUAAUGGACACCAAGGUCUUCAGAGAUGAAGCAAAUAAUUGGGUCUCCCCACUACCUUUCAGAUACUACAGAUACUUUGUUUCUGUCAUUACUGUGGAAGACGCUAGCUGUAUGCCAGAGAUCCGUAGGGUUUGGGGAACAGGAGUGAGUGUCUUUGCUAUUACAAAGGAAAAAGUGUUUGACAAACUGAAAGGUCUUAAGUGGAUAAGUCACCUGGACCAGAUGGACUACAUCCCAGAGUCCUGAAAGAAGUUCCUGAAGAGAUAACCGAUGCAUUGGUCAUGAUCUUUCAAGUAUCACUUGAACCUGGCAAUGGUCCCGGAGGAUUGGAAAAUUGCAAAUAUCACUCCACUUUUUAAGAAGAACUUCUCGGGUCUACUAAUGAAUGCUGCUUGCAAACCUGGUGUCUAGAGAAGAAUCAGGAGGCAACGAAUGGCGCUUUGCUGGAGGAGACACCCAUUACUAUAAUUGUUAAUGGGGUUCUUUCGAAGACCCUGACCUGGAGUUACAAGGUGACAUUGGUUCUUUGCGGAAAUGGGACCCGCUCUCGGGGUUUCACGACUGGCUGUUAUCUAACGUGCUAAGGGCGCGGCCUAAGUGUUCAGCUCGCCUCUAGAGGCCUAGGACCUCGGGGCUCUGGAGACGGGCGGAUCGAAGGUCGAUGUCCUGGGCCCAGAAGAUCUUUGGCUGUGCGCACAGAGACCUGAGAUCUUUGGGCACAGAGCUCAGAAAAAGCGACACAACUGACUUUUAAUAUCAUAAACCAGCGAGUUGUUUGUUAUGCCUCCCCUUUUGCUGUGAAACGGAGACAUCUCUUUCUGCCUUAUUAGAGGGAGAGAGAGAGAGCCUAUGGCAUGUCGAAUGCCGGGUGAACGCGUAGUCUUUGGAGUACUGCAAGUCUGUCUUUGCUGUAGCUUUUGCUGCACACUUGAGAGCUCGGUGGUGGGUGACGAUGCUUCUUUUUUGCCAGUGGUGGGGAGGCAGGGAUCACUGCUUGCUGCUACAUAUGCACAGAACGGAGGGGAGCUGGUGGGGGGGGGGGGUGUGGACUUUGGGGUUCUAACAUUUAACUGUCGUUCAUUCUUUGGGGGCACUCCUCUGUGUUUUGUGGCUGGUUGCAAAGAAAAAGCAUUUCAGGAUGCCUAUUGUAUACAUUUCUUGGACAUUAAAUGUACCUUUGAAACAUUUGAAAAUAUACCCAAUUCAAAGGUGUAGUGUCGAUGUAAAACAAGUAUAUAAUUAUGUGUCAUAUAUUGCCACUAGAGCUUCAGAGCAUCUACCAAUGAGAACAUUAAUCAGGAAAUCUGGCGUAGAGAUCAGUACGAUUUUCCCUUUAUUAAGUUGAAAUCUUGUAAUGGCAUUGAAACUUCCAUGCCAGCAAUGUUCACUAGGCAAUCACCCUGUCAAUCCAAUCUUUUAUUCUAUCAAAACAUGACUGUGACCAACAAAUGAUUAGAAACACAUUGAACAUAUUUCAUCAGAUAGGCAGUUGGCAGAUGCAAGGGAAAACAGAACAAGUUGAGGAAACUUCAUUUUUAAAACCCUGCACAGUCUUCAAGCUGUAUGGUUUCCAUUUUCUUUAUUACAUAAAUACAUCCAAGCCAUUAAAUGAAAAUCAGCUGUGGCUUAACAUUAGCACUCCUUCCAAUGAGUCAGAAGCUUGUGCAUUCAAAUCCCAGUCCAGAGUAGUGCAAGCAUAAAUCUAGAUAGACACUCCAGUUCAACAGUGAGGAGGCGCGACAAUGUUGAAUGGGCUGUUUCUCAACUGAGUGGCCCACCUACUCUUUCAAGAAUGCAUGACACAAUUCUAAGAAGAAACAAAGAUCUCUCAUGUUCUGUUCAAUUCUUCACUCCCAAUUGGUGUUCCUUAAGCAGAUGAUCUGUCCAUUACCAUCAGCUAUUUGUGUGAGCCUACUGUGGACAAUUUGGCUGCUGCAUACCCUAUGAUAGCAAGUACAUUUCCAAGUGGUGGACUCACUUCUGGCACUCUGCAGCUCAUGCUCUAUGCAUUAUUUUACUUUUUUUAUUAUUUGCACAAUUUGUCCUCUAUUGCAUUUUGGAUAUUUAUCAAUCUUUGUUGUGUGUAGCUUUUCGUGGAUUCUAUUGCAUUUCUUUGUUUUGUGGCUGCCUGUAAGAAGAUGAAUCUCAAGGUGUAUACAGUAUACAUACUUCGAUAAUAAAUUAACUUUUGGUUUGAACAUGAUUGGAACCUCUGUACUUACCCUAACACCCUGUUCUAACUUCCAUUUUCUGAAUCCAAAGACCUACCUAGUACUGAGCAACAAGUGCAGAAGUUCAUCUGAAUUCUGCCAAUGAAUUCAGCAAUCAAAUGUCCUCACUGGCAGCAUUUACAGACCAAACAGAAAAGAUGCCAGACACUCUCCACAUGGUUAAACGGUGUCAUAAAAAUACUCAAAGUCAUUCAGGAGCUUCCUCACCAAGCCCCAUUGCUCAAUUACAUGCAAUUAAGUAUUGUAGGAAACUUGUACACUUAAACACUAAGGUCAGCAUGGGCAUUAGGGCAACCGAAUAACUUGCAGCAGAAUUAAGAAAACUGAAAUUAAUAGAAAGAUCUAAACUUUCUCUUGCCCCAAAUUGUCCAAGACUGAAGUGGGGUCAUGCUACUGUAUUGAGACCCAUAAUUGUUGUGGGUAGAUCAUGUAAAACAUUCGGUCUGGCCACUACUUAAUAACUGCCCAAUCAGAGUCAGGAUCUAAGUCCAGGCCAACUCUCAAGCUGUGUAUUGCAAGACUUUAAUCGAUAAAAAUGAGAAAAGGAGCUAUACUUCAAACUGUACAUAGCUGACAGUAGAUCAUUCUGAAUGAGAUUUAAAAGGCAGAUAGAAAUCUAUUUUUGUUUUGUCAUUCAAUAUGCUGAAAAUAGAUCAGAAGGUCUGCCUCCCCUAAAUAUAAGUUUUCUGAAAAUCAGCCAUUUAAAAACAGAUUGACCAAGCAGAUUUUUAACCAAACAUUAAUGUAUCAGAAGAAAUGACUGAUCAACAGAAACUGGACAGUAUUAUAACAUGUGGCCAAAGUCUUAAUACCUUCAGUUACCACAGGCACAAAAUAUUACUUCACAAUUGCACAGCUACAUUCUUGUGUUCGAUUUUUGUACUUAGCUUUGGCUUUCAUAAAUUAACAAACUUAACUUCAGGAGAGUCAUUGUUAAGUACUUUGUGAAUGAAAGGUGAAAACUUGUGCUUUUUAAUUUGUUAAAUAAUUUCCAAAGAAUUAAAGCACAAUUAAUGGUCAGUAAAUUAUUUGUAUAACAACAGAAUAGACUAUAGAAAUACCAUGAAGUAGCAAAGCUGAUUCAAACAUGGAAGAGAUUGGGUUAAAAAAGUUGUCUAUCAAUAAAGUAUUCCAAACAAUAAAAACAAGGCCUUGGUUUUUCUAGCAGUUUAUCCAUAUUAAGUGUGAAUUUCAAAUUUUGGAACUCCUGUGUGAAAUUAGGGGGCCCUGAUCAUGCUAGUCAAGCACCGAUGGUUAUUUGCUGGAUGGACUCUGCUGUUGGACUCCACAACAACACUGGGGAAUAUUUUCUCAGAUACCACACUCAUUGUUAAGAUCUGGAGCAGAAUGUGUGAGCCUAAUCAUUUGAAAGUCACAUGUACAGCUUCAAGGCAGAAAGGGAACUUGCAUUCUCUUCCUUAACUAUUUUGUUUGCUUGAAAAAGUAUUUUUUAAUAAAUUGUAUUUUGACUUUUUAAAAAUAAUUAUAUUUUAAACAUUACAUCAAUUUUAGAAUCAUUACAGUUUCUUGAAUAUCAAGAGAAUUUCAGAUGCUUUGAAAACCUUUGACAGCUCUGACAAAGAUGGGAGGCAUGACCUUUCUAUCUGUCAACUUUUGCAUUCGGGCUUUAUUUUGGUCCUUGCAUAUGACCAAUUACACUUACUGAGGUCUAUGAGUCAUACAGGAUAUUGUCUUCAGCUCUGCUGCUGUCUGAGUCAGCAAAAUCCACACAGAUCUCGACCUGAUAUGUAUGGACCAUUAAGAAAUGUGAACAGCGGGCUCCAGUCUGGGUCACAUCUCUUAAGGCCAUUUGUCUACGGAAAAUAAGUAACGUUAAUGAAAGUGGAAUAAGUAAGGUCUUUGGCUGUCACACCUCAGUGAUGUUGCCUUCAGAUUUUCCACUUUUGCUAAUUUAAUUUCGGAAAAAAAUGACCCAACCGUGUCGAAGGUUGGAGCUCGUGAUAAGGCUGCUUUCUCACUGUAUGUGGUCUUCAAAAAUAUUAAGAGAAGGAAAUGCAAUAGAAAAAUAAAGUAGUUGGCAGUGAAAUUAACUUGAAGUACAUACUUUAAUCUGUUAUGAAUGUACCACAGCUCUGAGGGGCUGAAGGGUGCGGGGUAGCCCCCUCCUUUGUGAGAAUCGCAAGAUCACUAUUGAGUCAGGCCAGGAGACCCAGGAAAUGAGAGAAAGACGUGCAGAAUUCACAAAGAUUGGAAAUGAAGAGUAGUAAAGUGAAAGAGGGUAAGGGAGAGGAGGUAGACCUGCCUUUAGCGAGGAGA